ACAUUACUAUUAACCCCUUCAGGUCCUCAAGGUUUUAUGACUUAAGGAAGAAGAUCACAAGAUCCAGAACUUUCUGUGUAUUUGUCUCUUUCUCCGUCUGUUGUUGUUUCUAUUAGCAGCCGCCAUUUCUCAUCGUCUCCUCUUCUUCCCUUCAGGUUUCUCCAAUCCAGGAUCCUCUGCUGAUAUCUUCUAUAUAAGAUAAUUCUCCUGGAUGACCCAUCAACCAUGGAGAGAGACAGGAACAAGAUGGCCGACAGGAUCAUAAACCUCACCCUACAGAUACUCUUCCGGCUUACUGGAGAGGAUUACACAGUAGUGAAGAAGUCUUCUAGUGGGCGCUGUCCACUGAUCCAUGAGGAAAUGAAUGAACAGAAUAUCCGAGAACUCAUCAAUAAGAUGAUGGAGCUGCUGACUGGAGAGGUUCCUAUAAGGUGUCAGGACGUGGCGGUCUAUUUCUCCAUGGAGGAGUGGGAGUAUGUAGAAGGACACAAGGAUCAGUACAAGGAUCAGGUCAUGAUGGAGGAUCAGCAGCCCCUCACAUCACCAGUCAGAUCCAGGAGAACAGCACCAGAGAAGUGUCCCCGUCCUCUUGAUGAGCCGUAUAAGGAGGACAUUACUACAGGGAAAGAUCUGAUCUAUAUUAAUGCUACAGACAUAAAGGAAGAAGAAGAGACCGAUAUGAGCGGUGAUGAGCAGUAUGAGGAGGACAUUCCUACAGGGAUAGAUCUUAUCUAUAUUAAUGCUACAGACAUAAAGGAAGAAGAGACAGAUGUGAGCGGUGAUGAGCAGUAUGAGGAGGACAUUUCUACAGGUGAACACCCAGAUUCUUGUACCAGGAGAUCAGAGGAGAAUCUUCUAUCUUCAGAUUAUAAAGCAGAUGAUGAUAUCACACAAGAUACAUAUGAAGAACAUUCCAUUAUCCCAGAUACACCCUCAGCCCUUCACAGCCAAGAUCUCUCAUCUCAUCCUUAUAUACAGGUCCUGUCUUCUCAGUCAUCACAGGAUGUUCAGCAAAAUAAAGGUCACAGAAGAAAUGAUGGACAUCAACAAGCUCAUACAGGAAAGAAACUGUAUUCAUGCUCAGAAUGUGGGAAAUGUUUUACUUUUAAAUCAGGUCUUGUUGUACAUAAAAGAACUCACACCGGAGAGAAGCCAUUUUUAUGUUCAGAAUGUGGGAAAUGUUUUACUCAGCAAUCAGAUCUUGUUAAACAUCAACAAACUCACAAAGGGGAAAAGCCAUUUUCAUGUGCAGAAUGUGGCAGAUGUUGUACUAAAAAAUCACAUCUUGUUGCACAUCAGAGAACUCACACAGGGGAGAAGCCAUAUUCGUGUUCAGAAUGUGGAAAAUGCUUUGCUUGGAAAUCGGAUCUUGUUAAACAUCAGAAAACUCACACAGGGGAGAGGCCAUUUUCAUGUUCAGAAUGUGGCAAAUGUUUUACUCAAAAAUCACAUCUUGUUGAACAUCAGAGAACUCACACAGGGGAAAAGCCUUUUUCAUGUUCAGAAUGUGGGAAAUGUUUUACUCAGAAGUCAAGUCUUGCUAUGCAUCGAAAAACUCACAAAAUAGAGAAGCCAUUUCCGUGUUCAGAAUGUGGAAAAUGCUUUACUUGGAAAUCGGAUCUUAAUACACAUCAGAAAACUCACAAAGGGGAGAAGUCAUUUUCAUGUUCAGAAUGUGGAAAAUGUUGUACUAAAAAAUCACAUCUUGUUGCACAUCAGAGAACUCACACAGGGGAGAAGCCAUAUUCGUGUUCAGAAUGUGGAAAAUGCUUUACUUGGAAAUCGGAUCUUGUUAAACAUCAGAGAACUCACACAGGGGAGAAGCCAUUUUCAUGUUUGGAAUGUGGCAAAUGUUUUACUCGAAAAGCAAAUCUGGUUAAACAUAAACGAACUCACACAGGAGAGAAAUCAUUUUCAUGUGUAGAAUGUGGGAAAUAUUUUAUUCAGAAAUCGCAUCUUGUAAAACAUCAAAGAACUCACACAGGGGAGAAGCCAUUUUCAUGUUCAGAAUGUGGAAAAAGUUUUGCUGACAAAUCAAAUCUUGUUCAACAUGAAAAAACUCAUGCUGGAGAAAAGCCAUUUUUAUGUUCAGAAUGUGGGAAAUGUUUAACUCAUAAAUCAGAUCUUAUUAAACAUCAAAGAACUCACACAGGCGAGAAGCCAUUUUCUUGUGAAGAAUGUGGGAAAUGUUUUACUCACAAUCCAGAUCUUAUUAAACAUCAAAGAACUCACACAGGAGAGAAGCCAUUUUCAUGUUCAGAAUGUGAAAAAAGUUUUAGCGACAAAUCAAAUCUUGUUCAACAUGAAAAAACUCACACAGGAGAAAAGCCAUUUCCAUGUUCAGAAUGUGAUAGGAGUUUUACUCAGAAAUCACAUCUUGUUAAACAUGAACGAACUCACACAGGAGAGAGGCCAUUUUUAUGUUCAGAAUGUGGGAAAAGUUUUACUCUGAAAUCGCAUCUUGUUAAACAUCAAUUAAGUCACACAGGGGAGAAGCCAUUUCAAUGUUCAGAAUGUGGGAAAUGUUUUACUCAGCAAUCAAGUCUUGUUAAACAUGAACGAACUCACACAGGGGAGAAGCCAUUUUCAUGUGUAGAAUGUGGGAAAUGUUUUACUCGGAAAUCAAGUCUUGUUAAACAUGAACGAACUCACACAGGAGAGAAGCCAUUUUCAUGUGUAGAAUGUAAGAAGUGUUUUACUCAGAAAACAAAUCUUGUUAAACAUCUAAGAACUCACACAGGGGAAAAACCAUUUUCAUGUUCAGAAUGUGGGAAAUGUUUUACUCAGCAAUCAAGCCUUGUUCAACAUCAAAAAAUUCAUACAGGACCGAAGUCAUUUUAAUGUUCAGAAUGUAAGAAAUGUUUUACCCAAAAAUAAACACUUAUCAGACAUCUAUGAAUUCACACAGGAGAGAAGACAAUUCAUAGCAAUAAAUGAUGCAGAUAACACUUCUAUAUAUUAACCAUGUACAUAGGAUAUCUGACAUUUAUACAUAUAUCAUAUACUGCAUCUCCAAACUUGUUCCCAAUUGUUAAUAAAAGUUUUCUUUUAG